UGGAAUCAUGUCUUCCAAACUUCUCGCAGCUCAGAUGUCUUCCCUCAGGCGCUUUGUGUGCUAUGGAACGAUCUUCCUUGAAACAAGCUAAUGACGCUUGUUGGACAUGUCGCCGUCGUCGAUGGAAAUGCGACCGGACUCUCCCAUCUUGCUGCAAAUGUGCCGCUGCGGAACAACACUGCUUGGGAUAUGGCAAAGAGCGACCACUGAGAUGGACAAACAGUGUGGCGAGCAGAGGUAAAUUGAUGGGCAAGACUGUGCCACGCCAAGAAAAUUUCUUCUCAAUCGGAAGGCUCCUUGUCGAUCCUGGCCUGCAGGAUUUGCCUACUGCAACUCGGGGCUACAUCGCAUACUUCGAAAGGGAAUGCUGCCAUGAAUUUGUGUUGGAUGUUACCGAUCCUAACAAUUCAGUAAAAGAUUUGAUGCGACUGAUUCCCUCAUCUCCUGGUUUUCGACAUACGAUCGUCUCGGUUGCAGCCCUACAUCAAGCAAACCGGCAGUUGACGAGCUCUGCUCAUGGGUAUAGUACUUUUAUGUCUGUAUUAAACGGAGUCAACUUACCAGAGAUCUCGAGACAACUUCUCCAAGUGCCAGCAUACUACGAUGCUCUCUAUCAUAAACAGAUGACACUUGCUUUCCUCAGAGACCAAUGCACGAGGGGUCAAUUGCGAAAUCCAGAUGAAGUAUUUGCUUCGAUACUCUUGUCAAUCUGGUUCGAGCUUAUGGAGUCCGGAAAAGAUCGCUGGAAGGAUCAUCUUCAUGGAUUACAAAAGAUCAUGCAGACUUUCAAUUUCCCUAGGGGCUUAGCGGCGUCUAUUCCGCAGUUUUCUUUCUCAAUGCUUUGAUACUAAUUAUUCCAUAUUUGGGAUCAUUGGUCCGACAUUCGUCAAAACCAAACUGCCCUACCGACCAAUUUUCACCACGAUACCCGUUAUCGACGUCUUGAAGCUUUCAGAGUCCCAAACAUGGGCCGGAUGCCCUGCAGAACUCCUAUUUGCACUAUCGCUGAUCAACGCCGCUUCAUCAAAUCCAGAACAGACUCCCGACCUAGUAUAUCAUAUUUGCUCUCUCCUUCAAAGAUUCUCCCCUAUACAAUGGGCUACCUCAGGAAGCAAGGCAGACAACGUCAUGCCGCGAUAUCAUUUUGCCCGGAUUUGGCGAGCAGCAGUGGAGAUAUAUGCAUCGCAGGUCUUUAACGCCGUUGAAGAUUUUGAUAUAAAUAUGCACUACCCCACUAGCUCGCUGGACUCGAUUAUCUCAAGUAUUGGAUCCAUGGAUGCAUCAAAUGCACACUACAGAGGUCUACUAUGGCCUACAUUUGUCAUUGGUGCCGAGGCACAGACGCCCGCUGAGAAAAGUAUCAUUGUGGAAUCAUAUGGACAUUCGUGGACGAUAUGGCGCUGUGAGAAUGUGACUAAUGCCUUGAGACUGCUGCAAAAGAUUUGGAAGCUAAGAGAAAUGGGAGACAUACCUCGGUGGUGGAUUGAAUAUGUAUAUGAAUCUGGAGAAGCGUGGAUGUUUGUAUGAAAUCUUGCUGUAAUGAAUUGGAAUGAGUCUUGAAACACGAAGACACCGGCAGGGCCAGCCAAAGGAACAAUCCGCGCUACAGGACGAAGAAGGCCUUAUAUAGGCUCAGCGCGAUGAACGCACAAAGAAGAGCCUCAGGCAAGUAGUGGAGACUAUUACCUGAGAGGAGCAACUGAGAGCAAGGCAUGACGGGGGGUGUGGACGAGUCAGAGGCAAAAGAUAGCGAUGAGGACUCCAGGAGCUGUUCUAAAAGCCGGUUGCUGAUCAAAGAUCUCAAUUGAUCGCACGAAUCUUCAGCGUGGAGACUAUGGAGAUUUUCUUGGUAUUUAGCAUAAAAUCUUGUAUUCGAAUACUUUGUGAAGUUGAUUGCAU